AUGGGCGAGUUGCCUGACUACCAAGACUCAAUCGUCCUACCGAACAAGUACAAACUAUGGAAGGGCACAUUGGAGCGUCCAGAGAACGGAGUACAUCUUGCCGUCAAGAUGCUGAGCUACCGUACGGAGAUCGAUACUCAAUACGAAAUCGCAGCAAUUGAGCAGUGGACAAAUGGUCCCUUGAAGGGCAAACUCGAGCUUUUGGACCCACCCCCAGACGAGUGGGAAUUGAACUCAAAGGAUGGACACCGGUGA